AUGAAAGGCUUUACCUUCUUCGGCGUUGCGACCGUCACCGCGGAGCAAGAGCUUGGUAAAAGUAUUCCUCUGCAGGAGUGCUUUGAUCUCAUUGGAGGCACUGGCUCAGGUGGUAUCAUCGCCUUAGGGUUGGUAUCGUUAGGCUGGGACGUCUUCGAGGCCACCGAAAAAUUUGAAACACUUGUGGAGAAUGCAUUCUCUAAGAGAAGCGGAUUCGACUUUUCCUUCUGGCAAGCCACGCCAACAUAUCUAUCCGAAAACUUGGAAAAGGGCAUUAAUCUGGCCUUUGGAUCGGAUGGCAAGUUACAAUUGGCAGAGUCAACUUCCAAGCAAACAAUAUCCGGAAAAUGCCCGGCCAGGGUUUUUGUGACAGCUUCGGUCAGUGGCCAAGGAGGCGAAGUGUUAAGCAGUUAUCACAGACGCAAGGAUCUUAGUGCAAAGGAAACGCGCUUAGGGCCUAUAACUCACAUGUUACGAGCAGGUCAGGGCAACCAACUGUGGCACAAAGCAAAAGCUUCGGUAAUGAUGACUCCGGCAUCAUUAUCCCCUGUUCUGCACUAUAUAGCUACGCCGGCCAGGCACCAACUGGUUGGGCCGUAA